AUGCAUUGCUGGAAGAACGGCUUAUGCAUUGGAUUUUUAAGGAUAAAACUGGUGAUGCUACAGCACCUGACCAUGUAUAUGGGCGUGCUUGUGUAUUCAUUGGUGUUUUCUGAAUGUACAUGGAGCGCUGCAUUGAUUGUUUGUCUUGUAAUAGCAAACUCCCUAUCGUUCAUGCAAGUCUGUGUCCUUGAUCCAGGGCGUGUGAACAAGAAAAUACACCAUAGAUACUCACCAGACACAAUUUUUAUUGGAGAUUGUGCAUCUACACAGAUUAGCAUGAACAAAAGUGGAGAAUGGAUAAGAAGAAUAAAUAUAGAUGGAGAAGUGUUUGAGGAGAAGUAUUGUUUGGAAUGUAAUUUAUUUAGAAUCAGUGGGAUGUCACAUUGCAGAGAAUGCAACAGAUGCAUCCUUGACAUGGAUCAUCACUGCAUAUGGCUGGGAAACUGCAUAGGAAGAAACAACAUGAAGCAUUUUCAUGUUUAUCUUUAUACUCUUGUUGCAGUCAUUUAUACAAAGCUGAUGCUUCUAUACAAGAUAUACACAACGUAUUUACAAGGAGACAAUGAAUCGAAAAUACUGAUGGCUGUUGUGUUGCUUUUGUUUGUAGUGUAUUCGAUUCUUUUCGGUGUAAUAUUGCUUUUUACUCUUUUUCAUGUUUAUGCGUCUUUGUGUACUUCAAGAUCAAGAGAUAUCAUUAGGUAUGGAAUACGUUCUAGGCCUCCAAAAAUAAAAAUGGCAUGCAUAAAUCUAUGCACGAUUAGAUCCGAUAUUUCAUUUGCUCAUGCUUAA